AUGGUCCUCUUUCAAUUGUCUGUAACUGAGGCCAAGAGAUUUUGGCAUAUGGCCAUGAAAUUGUUUUACCAUGAUAAGGUCUGCUUCGAGAAGCUGGUGAAGAUUGCAAUGCUAUCAUUAUGUUCUCAACAGGUUGAGCAUUUACGACAAUUGGUACAGCAAAUUAUCGAUGCUAUUUUGGUUCUGGACAUUGAUGAUCCUCCCUGCGCUAUUGCUGCAGGAGCUCUUUUAUUUGUUUUGGCAAGUGAUGUCCAAGACAAUAAUUUGCUGUCUUCAGAAACUUGUGUCCAUUUCCUCCUCAAAUUGUUAAACCCUCCGGUGAAUGUUGUUGAUGCCAAAGCACCAUCAAUAGGUUCCAAACUUCUUGGAAUCGGUAAAUUUCAGAUGCUUAACGGUUCCAAUAAGGAUGUGGACUCUUGUUCAGAGGACAUACUUUCAAAAGUUGAAGAAAUCCUCUUAAGCUGCAAAGAGAUCAAACCAGCAGACAGGGAUUAUAAGAGAACAACAAGGCCGGAACUAUGUUCAAAGUGGCUUGCUUUGUUGACAAUGGAAAAGGCGUGCUUGUCUGUUGUUGCAUUAGAGGAUACAUCUGACAAGGUGUUAGAACUCGGAGGAAAUUUCAAAGAAACAUUAAGGCAGUUGGGUGGCCUUGAUGAUAUUUUUAAUGUCAUGGUGAAUUGCCAUUCAGAACUGGAGGUAAGACCUUAUUUGUGUGUAUGUAUGUUCUCUAACAGUUUAUACAAAACUAUUAAAUUGGCAUUAUUUGUUAUUUUGUUCUGCUAUGGUAAAGGAUGGUUAACUUUUGAGCCUUGUACAAUUCAUGCUCCAGUAUACUUGGAGCUGCAAUCUGAUGAAUAUUAUUUUGAGCAACAUGAAAAACAUGUUGCAAGACAAGGAUAUGUUGCAGUAAUUGCUUUGGUUGAAAUGUUUUAGAUUUCAAAUGUACUGUUGGGUUUGUGUUGGGUUUCAACUCUAGCCUACCCCAACUUGCUCGGGACUAAAAGACUUUGUUGUUGUUGUUCAUGUACUCUUACUGUGAUUACCAAUACAUUUUGAACUUUGGAGAAAUGAUGAAGUAAUCCUUUGAAGGCCUUGAAAUUUGAAUUUCCCAUCCCAUAUACUCCCAAGCUGAUGAUUAUUAACAGUCCCAUCAAAUAGUGUCAUCAAUGGGGUGUUUGGUUCGAGGAAUCACCUUAUCCUUGAUGGGGUGGUCCAUCAUCAGGUGAUCCUAUAUGAAUUUGGUGGGAUGAUCUCAUUCUCCAUACAUAUACUAAUUGUGUGCAUAUGAGGAAUGUGAUGAUGAUAGAUCACCCUAUUCCAAUACUUAAACCAAACAUUAAUUUGAGGUGUGAGA